GUUUGAAGCAGAUCUCGGCGCCGGGAGCUAUUUUUCAAAGCCAGAAAGCUCAACUCUUGGAACACAUGAAAGAGCAGGAAAGAGGAAGGUGCCUCUGACCACAGACAAAGUGCUUUCCCAGCGCCCCUGCACAACCACAGCCAAUUUCCACACAUCUGGGAUCACCAGGGGGAAGGACUUCCCAGGUCAGAGGGAUGUGGUUUCCGGGCAGCCUUGAGCCCCGGCACCUUUUUGUUAUUUGGAAAUUAACCGCCGGCAGAAGCUCCAGGCUGGCUCAAGGAAACUAGCUCACAACAGCAUCAGCACUGGCGGAAGUUGCAUUCUCAGGACCACUAAACACGGAUCAGUGUUGCACCCUUUAGCCACCCUGCCGUGACUUGUGCUCAGUGUAUACUGCUGCUGUUGGACAGAACUUUAAUUCCAGCCAGGGCUCACCAAAGAAAGGCAUUCCCAAUUAAUCAGGCAACACAUAUUUUUAAAAAUAUGUUAAUUAUUUGGAACAUAAAUACUUAUGAAGGCUACAGAUGGAAGCCAUCCUCACACAGGAGAGAAUGUCUCUUCUCAGAAGGUUGACAUCCAGACCUGUUUAGGAACUCUUUUGCACAGUAGCCUCUCUUGUUGGCAAACUGGUCACUGGAAAUCCUGCAAGCCUAGAGGGGCUUCGUAAGUUCAGAGGCCAACUUGAAAAUGAGGAGGAAAGUAACAGCAAAGCGGAACAUGGUGGCUCAGUAUCUCCAGUGUCAGACACCACUAGAGCAAAGAGUGCAGCCAUUGGUGAAAACGGAGAAGGAGCCAGACCCGACAGGUUCUGAUUCACUGGGAAUAUCGGAGGGGCCAGUAAAAACCUAUCGUAUUGUGCAAGUCGGGACCACUGGGGGAGGUCUGAGACUGAUAACGCCGCAGCAGUCCAGGAGCGAACGGCAGGAGGCACCCCAACGCUGGGAAAUCCAGGGACAGGAAUUGCCCACUCCAGAACUUACACCGCCAGUCCAGUCCCCUGCGUGGAGGAACCUGCAGGUGCCGGAACUCACGCUGUCUGAAGACGUCGAGACCUACUUGGCUACCUUUGAGGACGUGGCCGAAGCCUGCAAGUGGCCCAAGGAGCAGUGGGUGACGCGGCUUGUGCCGGCCCUCAAUGGAGCCGCACUCCAGGCCUACAACAGCUUAGAUCCCAGAGAAAGUGGCGAUUAUGGGAAGGUGAAGGCAGCCAUCUUGCGGGAGGAUUCAGCCAGCCUGGAGAGGCAGCGGCAGAACUUCCGGCACUUCCGCUACCAGGAGGCCGAGGGGCCCCGUGAUGUCUGCAGCCGGCUACGGGGGCUCUGCCAUCGCUGGCUGGAGCCGGAGAGCCGAACCAAGGAGCAGAUUGUGGAGCUGCUGGUCCUGGAACAGUUUCUGACCAUCCUGCCCGAGGAAAUGCAGGACUGGGUUCAGGAAUAUCACCCCAAGACCUGUAUCCAGGCAGCGACCUUGGCAGAGCAUUUCCUGUUGAAGCAGCAAGAGGACGAGAGGUGGGAUCAACAGGUGCUGGGACCAUUUGUGCUUGAGGAGUCUGUGAGUUUCCCAGAAACUGAGCAAAUGCCAUUGGAUGCCAGGCAAACGAUGCUCUGCAGGGAGGCCAAGGAAGAGGUUAAUGAGAACCCCACCUCACUGUUCCCAGCAGGUGAUGAGCUCCAGACCAAAAACGAGGAAGAAUUUAUAGUACAGGACGGUACAAAGGGACAGAGAAGCCGGCUGCUCCCCAAUUCGCAUCUAGUCCAGUAUUCCUGCCAAAACGCCAAUAGCCAGCUGCCUGUGAACAAGCAGGCCACUCUCAAGCAAGAAGCGAUUUUCCCAUGUCCUGAAUGUGGGAAGAACUUUUCUCGUAAAUCCACCCUCACCAGGCACCGGAGAGUGCACACGGGCAUCAAGCCCCAUCAGUGUACCGAGUGUGGGAAAAGAUUCCUACACAAAUUCAACUUAGUGAACCACAUGAGAACCCACACACGCGAGGAGCUCGACCGUUGUUCGCUGUGUGGGAAGAAUGCAAAGAGGCCACCGGGCCAGGGAGGGCAAGAGAAGAAGGGUGGAUGUUGUGAAUGCACAGGAAGUUUCGGCAUGCAGUACAGUGUGGAGCAGAGAGUGCAUGAGGGAGAAGAGUCACACAGUUGACUUGCAUGUAGGGUGGAAAUGUAGCUGACUUGAAAUUGGGAGACAUUUAGGAAAUAUGCUAAAUCCAGGGGGUAUUGCCCUGACCUGGGGCUUACUAGGAACAGGCACCAUUUUCUGAUGGUAAAGAGGCUACCCUAACAUUGAUCAAAGAGUGCUUUCAGCAGCUCAGUUGGGUUACAUGUUUGUUUUUCAUUUGCCUGUUGUUGUUUUGUACAGUAAAAGCAUUUGGAAAGGAAGAGGGGGGAAGGAGUUCGAAUCUACAUUUAUAAUAUCGCGUAUGUCCCUCCUAAUAACACCAUGAAAGAGAAUAUGGACAGAGAGUGCUGAUGUGCCAAUUGCGUGUGACCUGGAGGGUUAGGCAAAAACUUUCAUUAUUAUUUUUUAAAGUGACAGAGCUGCAUCUACCCAUGCACGUUUCUCAACUGACAGAGGAGCAGAGGCCAUACAUUAUGAAAAAUGCAUUUUCUUCAGGAUAAUCAAAUGCCCAGUGUAACAUCUGACCAUGAGCAGUGAAAACAUGUUUCGCUUCCAAGAUUUUCAGAGUUGUAUGCAUUUGCAUGAAUACAAACUGAAAACACCUUUGUUGGGUAGUAUUGGGAAACCAUAUCACUGGCUGUUGUCCAUUCAUAUUUUGACUAAUGAAUGAUGUAAUCAGAAUUCAGCUAAUUGGCAGCAGACCUCCAGGUGAUCUGGGACUGAAUGUUACCUCAAAGACCAGGGCUGCCUCCAUGGUGAUUUUUAGCUUGACAUAUUCGUUAUAAUGUAGAUAAGAACUAUUAGACUGACUGUCAGCUUUUGUUUGUGUUCCUUUUAAAAUAGUGCCUCCAUAAGAGGUGGAGCAGUUUUGAAAUCAUGUCUGUCAACUAUUUGAGAUUUUCCAUUAUGGAUUUUUGUGUUGGGAACCCUCCCACCUCCAAUAUUGUAGGGCACUUUUUUUCUAUCAAUACAUUUAUUAGUUUUGUUUUGUUGUUUAAAAAAUGUACAAAAUUCUGACUAAGAUCUACAAAACUGCACAAGUAGUUGCUACUUCAGACUCUGUUUUCUCAAGCGACGGCUCUCCAUGGAAUGUGGCAAACUGCUUUUGAAGCUGAGGUGACCUUAAAAAGUAAUGAGUCAUGGGAGUUCUGCUGUUCAAAGGGUCAAAAAAAUUAACAAUCUCAAUGGACAUGCCUAGAGUAAUUUUCGGGAUCCCUGCUUCUACAUUUUUCUACAUGCCUCUCAAAUGAAUUUCUAGUGUCAAGUAUUCCAAGGCCUUCUAACACUACCAUUUUUUAACCCCAUAACACUGUUGAUUUACCAAAACUGCAUGUUUGGGAAUUUGCAACGGUUAUAGCUGCGUGUGUACAUUUUAGAUUUUUAAAAAAAGAAAAAAAGGAAUUGUGUUUGUAUAUUUUUUAUUAAAGCUUUAUUUUUUGUAGUUUGCACAUUAAAAAGGUUUAACGUUGUAAUAAGA